AUGCCUCCAGGCACCCAACCCUCUAUCAAACGGGCUGGAUCCCCUGUAAAGCAGCCCUCGCUUCCACCAAGACCGAUGGACCAGAACACCGAUCCUAUAAAAAUCGACUCGGUGCCCUCACAAGACGUUCGAACUGCCUCCCUGCCUUCUUAUCGGGCGACUAAUACUCAACCAAAGAUUACUAUCAAGUGUGGUCCAAACCAGCAGCAGGCACCGCAACAGAACUCUGCAGUCACGCGUCCUGCUACCGAACCCAUCAAAGGAAAACAGCCAGCCAACACCGCUGACGAACUUCAGCGGCUACAGCUUGAGCAUGCUGAGUCGAGAAAGAGGAUCCAAGACCUAGAACGCCAGCUGGAAGAACAAUGUGCUCUCACCAAAACGAUCCUCAACGAACGAGACAAAGUCGCAGCACAGGCGGAGGAGAACUGGAAACUAUGGAAGCAAACAGCCCGCGAACUGCGCAAGGCAAAACAAGCUCCCAGCCACUACCAGUUCACCGACAGCCAAUUGACCGGUCUCAUCCAACAGCUGAGGUACAGCAUCCGCGAUUUCGCAGUCCAGUACUUUACGGGAAUCCCUCGCAGCCAUGUUAGCAGAGACCGGCUAGACGUCUGGGAAUCAUGUGUGGUUUCCACCACCCCAGGAACAACUGCAUACCAGGAGUACAUCAGGUCACCAAGCCGAUGCGCCAGCAUUAUUCAGGCCAUAGUGUGGAAGCUAUUGGAUCGUCGGGUUUUCGGGAGCUUUGUAUGGGCAGGCAAAGCCGGCGAAUCCCUCUGCGAUCUGCGGUUCUAUCUGAAAUACGCAUCCCGCCAUGACCCAGUCCCCGACCCCGACCUCGAACGCAAAUUCCAAAUCUGGUCCUCCGAGGCAUCGGCCUUGAUCCUUCAAAUGUGCGAUUUUACCGAAGGCUCACAGGAAUACAAGCGCAUGCAAAGCACGCGCAAAGAGAUCCGCGAGGAGUUCUGGUCUAUAGCGGGGCAGUACCUCUCCAUACGAAGUAGCGCCCCAGGCCAAGAUUUCCGACGCAUUCUCGAAAAUGCAAUUGCGCUUGAUCGAGAGAUCCAUCGUCAAGCUGCCCGGGUCACUUGGGAGUUCCCGCCCGUCGACGCUCAUGUUAGGUUUAACCCUGAAUUCAUGGAAGCCGAAAAAGGACAGCAGAGGCCAAGAGUUGACCAGCAGGUGCUUCUUGUUGUGGCGCCGGGGUUGACGAAGAGGGGGAAAUCGGACGGGCAGGACUUUGCGGGAGAAGAGCAAUUGUUGGUGCCUAUGGAAGUCUCUUGUCUGCUUCCGGGUGAUAUUCCCGGUGCGGGCGGGCUGAGUUCCCUUGUUUAUUCGUGGCUUAGAUAG